AUGUCCUCUCCCCAGCCUCUUCGUCGCGUUCUAGUUACUGGUGGUGCAGGUUAUAUCGGAUCUCAUGUGGUCCUGACCCUCGCACUUACCCGCCGAUACAAGGUCUUCUCUAUUGACAACCACCAUAACUCUUUCCCAGAGGCUCUCAACAGAGUUUCGAAGAUCGCUCGCGAUGCACUCCCUGCCGAUGCAUCCCAGCAAGACCGUGAUUCGGCCGAGGUCGAGGCAUACACCGCAAAUCUUACAAACGAACAGCAAGUCCGUGCUGUCUUUGAUAAAUUCGGACAUGGUGGUGUGUGGGGUGUGAUUCAUGUCGCAGCAUACAAAGCUGUUGGUGAAUCCGGCGAAAUCCCCUUGACCUAUUAUGCCAAUAAUGUUUCUGCUACUAUCUUGCUCGCCCAAAUUAUGAAGGACUACGGAUGCACCAAUCUAGUUUACUCUAGCAGUGCUACUGUCUAUGGUAUCCCCCCUGUUGUCCCCAUUCCCGAAACCACACCUCUCAAAGCUGAGAGUGUAUAUGGACGUACAAAAGUCAUGUGCGAGACCCUUCUCAAGGACCUUUGCCAUGCUGAAGCCAAUUGGCGUGUUAUUUCUCUGCGAUACUUUAAUCCGGCUGGAGCUCACCCAUCUGGCCUGAUCGGCGAAGAUCCUCGUGGCCGGCCAGGUAACCUCUUGCCCUUGCUUUCUCAAAUGGCGGUUGGCCGGGUAAAGGACUCUGUCCUCAAAGUCUUCGGUAACGACUAUCCCACUCGUGAUGGUACUUGCGUCCGCGAUUAUAUCCACGUAAUGGACCUUGCCGGUGGUCAUCUCAACGCACUUGACGCCCUGGAUAAGGAGUCCACUUUUGCAAAUUGCGAGGAUCAAGCUCGAUACAAGGCAAGUCUCGAUGAAUUUGAUCUCAAAGAGUCGGCGAUUGAUGGAGGCCGUGGUCAGAGCGUGCUCGAGAUUGUCCAAGCCAUGCGUGUUGCGACCGGGCACGACUACAAGACUGAGAUCGUCGGUCGUCGGCUGGGUGAUGUGCCCGACUUGACGGCCGAUCCUGCGCUUGCUGAGAAAGAGCUCGGAUUCCGCGCACCCCAAGACUUGGAGACUAUGUGUCGUGAUCUCUGGAAUUGGCAGUCUCGCAACCCCGAAGGGUACGGCGAGACUCCCAGAGUGAAUGGUACUCACGGCUCUAAGCUCAAUGGCCACUCGAAGACUGCAGUGGUUAACGACUCUAUUGGCGCUGCGAGCACACUCAAGGGCACCACAGUCACAGCGACUGCGGUCGUGGGUGAGAGCAAUUGA